UGUGCGAAACAUUGGAGCUUAUAUAAAGAACAGAACAUACGCCGCUCUACUCUUAUUUGCACUAUUGCUGUCCAGCGUUUAAGGCCGACUGUUGUUGGUUUUAAAAUAAAGUCUCUACCAGCAAAGAUCCCUGGCUGGUGCAGCAUGGUGUAAGAAUACUAUUUUCUUAAAGUGAUUACGGUAGCUUUGUUCGCUGUUUAUAGUGCAAUUCUAGUUUAGGCAGCGAAUUUCUUUGUUGAAAAGUUUCUAUUUAUAAUUCCCAAAAAAGAGAUAUAAGUAAAACAGUAAAAUUGAUAUAAGGUGAUACUAUUAAAAGGCUCAGUGGAACGUGUACAAUAAAUUUGUAAAACAUACAAACUGAAGGAACGAGAAAAAUUAUAAGUGUGUAUUUCAAUGUUUCGUGGUGAACAAAUCUAGUGCCAAAGUGAGUGAUGAAAAUAAUAUAAAUUUACAGACCAGAUUUCCAGUACAAAUAUAUCGAUGCUGUAGACGGACAACUAAGUUGUUAACUGUGACAAGUAGGAAGUACGGCUAUUGAUUAUUGGGAGAACCAACGAAAUUGGUAAUAUUACGUGUCAGUGUAUCUAAUAAUCUUCGCAGUGAAACGUAUCAAAAUGACAACCACGCCAGCAUUUACGAUGGUCUCAAAGAGGAAACGUGUCGUUAAGCUAUGUUGCCUCGGAGUACUGUUCCUAACGUUAGCGUAUGCAAUCAUUGUGAUCGAUCCCACCGAAGUGAUUGUAGAAGAUAAACUGUCCAUGUAUGAAGGAUCCUACCUAAACCGCUUAUGGAAGAAACCACCAUUAGAGGUUUUCAUCAGCAUAUACGUGUUCAACAUUACCAACCCGGAGGCAUUUAUGCGUGGUGAGGAGCGCCUACGCGUACAGGAAAUAGGACCGUACGUUUACCAGGAGUUUUUGGAACAUCGCAACUCAACCUUCAACCCGAACGGUACGCUUAGCUUUAUACCUGUUCGGCGCCAGGUGUUUGUACCGGAACGAUCCGUCGGAGAUCCGAUGGAAGAUCGGAUUAUGAUACCGAACAUAGCGUUGCUCGGUGUGUCCAGUGCAGCCUAUCGCAUGUCCACCUUUGCCGCAUUUGCAGUAGCUGCUGCUCUAAAACCGCUCGGCAUGGCACCAAUUCUUAACAUCACUACACAUGAUCUUCUCUGGGGCUACGAUGAUCCUCUGGUGAGGAUUGCCUCAACUCUAUUGCCAGAAUUAAUACAUUUCCAAAAGCUGGGCAUAUUAGAUCGAAUGUUUGACGAUGGAUUCGACACGGUAACCAUCAAUUUGCCGGAAUCGGUACGCAAUCAGCAGCGGGAAGUGGAGGAUAGCAUCGUAGAUGAUGAUGAUGAUGGUGUACCGGAUGAGCUAGCAGAGACUCUACAGGAAGAAUAUUACCAUGAUAUAGUUUUGCAAUCGAAAACUGAAGAACCAAUCCGCGACUAUUCUAUUGAUGUUUGGAAUGGAUCGCCUGGUCUAGCUCAUUGGGGUUAUGUUGCAAAAGAUCAUUGGGAUGCUGAUAGAAGGAACACACCUUGUAAUACAUUGCAAGGGUCGUACGAUGGGUCCGUUUUUCCUCGAAACAUCUCCAAAACGGAAGUAUUUAAAGUGUAUCGUAAAGCAUUCUGUCGCACCUUACCAAUUGCCUUCGAACGCGAAGGAGAAGUGGAUGGCAUCAAGGCAUAUUGGUUUUCGAUACAGGAAAACGCUUUCGAAAGCUCAAUCGAUGAUCCAUAUACAUCGUGCUACUGUAAAAACAAUCAGUGCCUUCCCAAAGGGCUGGGAGAUUUGAGUCCCUGCUGGUAUAACAUACCUGUAGCCGUCUCUCUGCCACAUUUCUACAAAGGUGAUCCAACUCUCUCGCAGGCGAUUGAUGGGUUGAGCCCAAACAAGGAAAAACAUGACGCUGUUAUCAUUAUGCAACCGCAACUCGGCAUCCCGAUGAAGGCAAACAUCCGUGUCCAAAUCAGUCUUUUAACAAAUGUGAGCUUUAACUCGGAGCUGAGACCGUUUCACAACACUGUCAUACCAUUGAUAUGGGCGGAAAUGUCACUGGAAAAGCUAACACCGGAGCUAAUACUGCUGCUUAAUGUCCUGUUUGGUAUUGCACCAUACCUACAGACAGGAUUUAUUUGCAUUCUUGCAUUGCUGGGAGCCUCUUUACUAGCAACGGCAGUGCUAGUUUUGUUAUGCUCAUCGGAAGCUGCAACGUUUGAGUACGAUCCACGGAAAUCUAUACGAUACUCGACCGUUAAUAUGAUCCCAUAUCCACUAAGAAAAGAAUUGGAAAAAUAUGGGGAAGCUGAAAUAACACGCCGCGAGCCGUUGCUGAUUGAAAACAGCGCUUGACGCAUUUCUAGUGGCAUAUUCUAAUUCUUAUUCUCGAAGCUAUAUUUCUAUUAAGUCCGCAUAGGUAGUAGGUGUUAUGAAAAAGAGCAAAAGGACUGAAAUUUUAUUCUUAUAGAAUAACUGCACUUACAGUUCUUUCAAGUGACAAAACCACGAUUCCUCCUUCUGUUUCCACACGCUGGAGCAGCUACAAUACACUCAUUAUGUUAGAAUCAUUGUGAUAUACUAUUAGCGUAGUAAGCUACUUUGUAAGCACUGCAGUACCCAUAAGAUAGGAAAUUGACAACUCUUGCUUAGUAUUUUCCUAUCGUCGCAAUGUAGUUGUUAAGGAUGAACAUCUAAUGCAGGUUUAGUCAAACAAAGUAUAUGUAUAUUCAUAAAAAUAGAGUUUUGUUACACAGAUGUACAAAAUAGUGAAUAUGGUGUUGUAUAAAUGGUAUACUGGAAAAAAUGUAAAUAACACUGUUGUGAACUGGAAUGGAUGGAAAUAUUAAACUCUUAAAGAUCUUCAA